AUACCCGCAAAAAUCUGGCAAUCAUGGAAGGUCGACGCCUUACACUUCGAGGAGCGCGAUCUUGAUCGAGCGCGAACCUGGGCCAGGAAAAAUCCAAGCCAUCGAUACGAGUUGUUGACCGACUACAGCGCGAUCCCAUAUGUCGAGGAAGCAUUCGGAUGUGGGCCACAAGGCCUCUGUAGGCCGGACAUCGUUCAGACUUACAAAGACUUGAAUGACAAUCUCAAGAUCAUCCAAGCAGAUUUACUUCGCUACAUUAUCAUGUAUGUUGAUGGGGGAUUAUGGGCCGACAUCGAUGUCGAGGACAUUCAACCCAUCCGGACUUUCAUUCCAAAGAGAUUUGACGCCCGCGAUGUCGAUAUGGUCAUAGGCAUUGAAACCGAUGAACCCGAUCUUGCGAAUCAUCCUGUGCUCGGCAGCAAAGCCGCGUCCUUCUGUCAGUGGACUUUCAUGUGCAAGCCUGGAUUGCCAGUAAUGAUGCGACUCAUUGAGAAUAUUAUGGUCUGGUUGCAUCGACUUGCUGCAGAACAGGGCAAGACCGUGGCAGAGCUGCACUUGGACUUUGAUGAAGUGCUGAGUGGUACUGGUCCUUCUGCUUUCACAGCUGCGAUCUUGGCAGAGAUGUCGAUCUCUGAGGGCGAAGACAUCCAAUGGAGUGAUUUUCACGAUCUGGUCGACUCUCAGUUAGUCGGAGGAGUUCUGGUCUUACCGUCAGAGGCGUUUGCUGCGGGAACAGGGCAUUCAAGAUCAGGAAAUCACAAGGGCAGCCGAGCACUCGUCAAGCACCACUUCCAUGCUUCUUCUUGGACAGACAAGCACCAGCGCUUCAAGCAUCCAGUCUACGACGAGAUCGAAAAGUGCAAUUGGGACGCAGAGUGUGUCGCGCUCUGGGAUUCCAACGUUGCCUUCUACAACUCUUUGCCGGAAGACGAGCAGCUGAAGAUGAUCGAGUUGAAACGCAUUGACGAUGCGAAAGAAAAGAAGCUCGCG